UGAUAAAAUAACGGCGUUGCCCAUGUAAAUAGUCCCACAUAGAUUCUCGGGAUUCCUUCGCAGCAUACUAGAUACCUACCAAACACGAUGCAUAGAAAUACGAAUUUUAUUGUGACGGCGUUGAGCUUGUUGUUUCCUUUACUUACCCAUGGAAUUCCCGACCCUAUAAUAUGCGAAGAUAGCCUCGACGGCACAUCCUCGCAUUUCAACUCUAACAACGUGCCCUGCCUCCUAGGCUGCGGCGCCCCGGAGCCCGUCGCUACCGGUUCGCUCCUCCCGGGCUCGGUAAAUGUAACGGAUAUCCCGUACUGCCGCCUCAAUUGCGUGCACCGUGAUAGCGCGUCCCCGGCGCAAUCCUCCGCGGCGCCGGAUUGUAAUUCAAGAUGUGAGAAUGGGAAUGGGGCUACGCCGGAGAAUUUGGGUUGGUGUAUGUAUUGGUGCGUUGAUGGGUAUAGUGACUUGGUGGGGAAGACGACUUGUAUCCCGUCGCUUGUGUAUGGGGAUUUGGUUACGUCGACGAUUGGCGGUGGGGAUGUGGUUACUUUUAGACCAUUUUCAAAUCCCUCGCAGUGGCAGAGUUGGUACCAGACGCAGACUGUGCUGCCGAAAUCUAGUGGUAGCGCGUUUGUUGCGACGCCAACUCCUGGUCAUACGGUGACGGGCCCGUCAUCAUCGUCGACUACGGAGUACUCAGCUCCGUUCAGAGCUAGCCCGGGUACGCAGGGAAGCCAGACUUCGGCUUUGACUACUGGGUCAGAAUCUGUCCUGAGUACAGUGACAGGAGAGCAAGUUGUUGAGUCUUCCACGGUUGCAUCAACCACCUCCGCAACUGGUGCGGUGAGCCGUUUGUCCUACGAAGGCUUCCUGGGUGCCGUCAGCAUUUUAAUAAUGGCAGCGUUGUUAUAGUAAAAUAAUAUUCAUAAUGAUGAUUUAUAUCUUCCACGUCACGAGCAUUACGCCUCGCAAUUGACUAUACCUUGUUAUCAGCAGUCGAAAUCGAUGUACCACCUGUCCCUUUGGAUCGUCAUGAUAGAUAGGGGCUUAUGAAUAAGUGCGAUAUCAACAGUUUGUCAGUCUGACGCCACCACUGCAUAUGCUAUCGGGUAAGCAUGAUAUGGGGAAGUCUCGCAUUGACCCUGAACCAACCUCGAAGCUACUGUCCUCCACGAUCCGGGAUUUCUGGGUCAUUAUUUGACGGAUCACCGGAAUACAGAUAGGAUUCCAUCUGUCAGCCAAUAAUGGUUGUAAUGAAGUUAUAUUAAGAAAGGUUCUAAUUAUAAUACGGAGCACUGUCGAUAUUAUAUAUAUAUAUAAAGUUUAAUUAAUUAUUUAAUAAUAU